GGCUGGGCUGCGGAGCUGUGCGCCGUCCUCAGGAAUUCUGAGAGCUGUGAUGCUCCUCUGUAGUCCUCACUCGCCGUGGAGGGAGGUGCAGGAAGCUGCAGGUGGCCUCUCUGUCCCCACCCUGGGAUGCUGCCACACCAGGACCCUGGCAAAGAUUGGGGUGGUCAGAAACAGUGCUUUCUGGACGUGCUUGGCAAGAUGGAGCCGCCGACCUCCUCCAGGCUGAAUUCCCGAAAGAGAAGAAAAGAUGGAUCAGGCCCUAAUGGGGCAACAGAGCUGGAUGGAAUCCCUCCAAAAAUGUCCCGACGCUCACUUGGGCUGAGGGAGCCAGCUCCAUUCUCAGAUGAAGUGGAGAUCGACUACAGCAAGCCAUACAUCAGAGUAACAUAUGAAGAAGCCAUGAGAGGGACCCCUUUGGAUCGCCCUGUCAGAGUUUAUGCUGAUGGAAUAUUUGACUUGUUCCAUUCUGGACAUGCCCGGGCCUUGAUGCAAGCAAAGAACCUCUUCCCAAACACAUACCUCAUUGUUGGAGUCUGCAGUGACGAGCUGACCCACAACUUCAAGGGUUUCACGGUAAUGAACGAAAACGAGCGUUACGAUGCUGUGCAGCACUGUCGUUAUGUGGACGAGGUGGUGAGAAAUGCCCCCUGGACCCUCACACCCGAGUUCCUGGCAGAGCACAGGAUCGACUUUGUUGCACAUGAUGACAUCCCCUACUCUUCUGCUGGCAGUGAUGAUGUCUAUAAGCAUAUAAAAGAAGCAGGCAUGUUUGCACCGACCCAGAGGACUGAGGGCAUCUCCACAUCCGACAUCAUCACGCGCAUCGUGCGGGACUACGACGUCUAUGCCAGGCGGAACCUGCAGCGGGGCUACACGGCCAAGGAGCUCAAUGUCAGCUUCAUAAACGAGAAAAAAUAUCACCUCCAGGAACGUGUGGACAAGGUGAAAAAGAGGGUGAAGGAUGUAGAGGAGAAGUCAAAGGAAUUUGUCCAGAAAGUGGAAGAGAAGAGUAUUGAUCUCAUUCAGAAGUGGGAAGAGAAGUCCCGGGAGUUCAUCGGCAAUUUCCUGGAGAUGUUUGGCCCAGAGGGCGCAUUGAAACACAUGCUGAAAGAGGGCAAGGGCCGGAUGCUGCAGGCCAUCAGCCCAAAGCAGAGUCCCAGCAGCAGCCCCACACACGACCGCUCGCCAUCUCCCUCCUUCCGCUGGCCCUUUUCCACCAAGACUCCUCCUUCCUCACCUGCCAACCGCUCCAGGAACAAGUCUGCAGUCACCUAUGACAUCAGUGAGGAUGAAGAGGAUUAACCUACCUGCCAGGAUUUGCUGCAGACCGCUAAUCACUGAAUCCUAAGUCCAGACCCACUGGGGAACUCUAAAUGAGCAAGAGAGCCAUAGGAACAGGGCUGAUGGUGAGCACAGGGCCUUGGAGGCACCCGUUGCUCUUAGCAAGGGCUGUUGCCUGGAAGCACAUUCAAACCUCCUCUCCCUUCUUCUCCCUAAGUCCCCUUUUUAUUGUUUACGUUCUAGCGGUUUCCAGGGUGAAGAUGAUUUUUAUAUAUUAAGAAAAUAUUCGUUAAAAGGGCAAAGAAUAGCACUCAAGCGUGGCUUUUGUUUUGGUUUCUUUUCCCUUGUUAAGCCUCCAGGCAAAAGGGAGAGUGGGAAGACCCAUCUGUCUUCUUCUUUCCUUCGGCUCCUCUGUUUUAUCCCCCCUACCCCCAGGCACUAUCUGUGCCACUGCCAAACGAAAGACCCCUCAGUUCCUCAACCAGCAUGACCUCGAGAGCACACACAAAGCAGUGGUGUAAUGAGGCUUCUAGGAAAUAGAGACAUCCCUUCUGGGCUGGAGCCGAUAGGAAUCUAUCCAGCAGACCUGUAGUGCUUGCAUGGCUCUUAACUGAGCUUCCCAGUGUGUUGCAGUGAGGACGUGCUGGGCAGGGGGUACCAGCUUGGCACGCAGGAGUUACACCCGGGAAGGACUUGCAGCACUGUAGAGUGGCACACCCCAUAAAGUGCACAGCAUUCACAGCUCCAGACAGUGGAGGGGCUGCAGGGGAAAGGCCUUUCCAGCUAAUCUUAACAAGACUGCUAAAUCCUGAGGUAAAAUUGAGCCCUGAGUUGCUGUUGGAGAGAAGAGAAUGAAUCUUUGCUUCAAAGCACUUGCUGUCAUGCAUUUCCUUGAGUGUGUGAGAGGCCAGGUAGGAAAUGAAUGUGUGUAGUCUUUUGAGAAAUUCCUUGUUCCAGUCUGUGGUGUGUUACACGUUUUAGUGUCUGUCCAAAUGGUCCCUCAGCAUUGUGCUGUGUGUGUGUUUGUGUUUCAGUUGCUGUGCUCUAGGGGCUGGAGGAGUCCUUCACACUGGUGCCAUGAAGUCGCUGCUCUAAGGGCAAAGCAGCUAGUUUGCUGCCCAUGUCAGUGUGUGUGCAGCUGGACAGAUGAAGGGCCCCAGUCCUGUGUGACAGUUACCUGGAUUGUGUAGUACAUGCACAAAUCCAUGCCUGCUCACUCUGCUCCAUGAGGCAGGGUGGAAGGAGCAUCAGAGAGUGCUGCAGCUUUUUAAGGUUAUUUAAAUACACAGUGCUCGUUUGAGUCCAUGGUCCAAGUUGUGCCUGCUGUCAUGUCUGUGAUACACACCGAGCUUUGUGGCCUGUGGGUCCCCAAGGGGACUUGCCCUCCCCAUAGCUGAGCAGAGCAGGUUGGUGCACCCUGUUCUGCACCUAGCACUGGAGAAAUUUGCCUUGCUGUCUUGUAGCUGUGGAGCUUUUCUGCCAGGGUUUGGUUCUGUUACCCACUGUCUCUGGGUGGAGCUGCUGGGCUGAGUUGCCUGUAUCCUGUGGUGCUGGAAACAAAAAGAGGACAGCUCAGACCUCUGUCAGCAAUGCUGCAGGGAGGUCUCCAGAGCAGGAUGUGAGGCUUGGGGAGCAGCAGAUGCAAGGAGGAAACUCAUCAAGUGCUGCCACAAGCUCAGCACGCUGUGAUGCUUCCAGAGCACAUGGUGGCCCUGUGGUAGGAACAGGCUGCAGCUUCUUUCCAGCUUUUGUCUUAAUGGUCUUUUGUCAUGCUGCCCAAAGGACUUGACAGAGGUUCUGUGCUUCUCUUGAGGCCAGAAUCACUAUGGGAAAGGGUGUUUUGGGGAUCCCUAAUCUGCCACUUGGACCUCUUUCAGCAGGGAUGUGCACAGCUGUGGGAGCAUGGCUGGCUGCUGUGGAUUUUAAACUGUAAGGAGCAAAUAACAGUGACAUGGUAGAAUCCAGUUAUUAAUCCUCUGGUUUAUGAGUGGUAGAACACUUACUUUGUAUCACCCACAUUGUCUCUUCCCAUAUCUUCCCUUCCUCACCCUUCCCUCAGUACGGAUGUUGCGGUUGCUUCCCUGAGCCAAUUCACAAAGGCCAGGCUGCUUUAGAGCCUUACUACUGUUUUAAACACAAGUUAUGCAACAGUGUUCUGUAAGUUUGGGUAACCAUGGUGUUUUGGAUGGUGGCUUGUUCUGCAGAGACCUUAACACACUUGGUCUCUCUGCAAAAUCUGGGGUGCUUGGUAAGAAGACAGCUGUGGUUUUACAUGUAGCUUGGAAUAACAGAGCUGUUUCUUGUAACCAAUAAUUUCUGCUUCCUCCUUGCACUGAAAUUAAAUUGGACACUGAAAUCCCA